UUUCUAGGUUCUCUUGACCGAAUCUUCCAGGAACUUCAGCAGAUGCAACUCGAUGCAAGCAAAGUCGAGAGCAGAGCAUAUCUAUCAUUGGGGCUGAGGAAUAUUGCAUCAGACAGGGGCUUCAGAAUAUCUGACAAUCAAGGAUUUGGAAAUUGCAUGUGCUAUGCCUUGUCCGAACAACUGGAAAUUGUUAAGGGAAUCAAAAUCCGACAUGGCGAAUUAAGACAAACCUUGGUCCAGUACCUCAGGAGUAACCCAAAACUUCCGAAUGGAACAGAUCUGUUUCACUCUGUUCAUGGACAUCAAACAUGGACUGAUUACCUAGUACACAUGGAACAAGAUGGCGCUUGGGGUGAUCACGUCAUUCUGUGUGCGGCAGCAAACUACUUUGAAAUAUGCAUACGUGUGGUCAGCAGUCUAUCCCAUAGCAAUGAUGUAAUCAUUACGCCGCAUUGUCGAGUUGACGAAAGCAAAGCUCUUGUGUUGGGACAUAUUCAUGAGGUGCACUAUGUCAGCCUUCAACCCGUGUAA